ACAGGCGUCCGGUUCCAGUCUCGGAAUUGUAACUCUCCCGCAGGACAUCAGAAAACCCCGAAACACCACUAAUGCAACAACUAAGAGUGUGUCUGCUACACAUAACACAACUGACAAAGAGAGUAGGGAUGAAAGCAAGCAAGAAGAAGUUCAACCAAAAGUGCAAAGCAAUCCAGUAAAGAAUAGUCUUGGCCAAAAAAAACCCAAAGAUGAUGCAAGAAUAACAACAUUAAAGGACAAGAUGCAAGAAAUACAUUUAGACAUAGAGAGAAACCCAAAGAAGUACAAAGAAUCGACAAUCAGAAUUAUGAGAAAUCUCAAAAGAAUGGAAAAGGCAAGCAAGGAAAUCAGGAAAGGUGAAGCAAAAAAGAAAGAAAAAGGGCCAAUAGAAGAGAAAACUGUGGAAAAAGAAGGACAAGAAGGAAAAAAAGGGACUGAAAAAGAGAAAAGCCCUAAAGACAAAACUGUGGAAGAUGUCUUUCCAAAGACAACAAAUGUAGAAGAAGGACAAGAGGGAAAAAAAGAGCCUGAAAAGGAGAAAAUCCCUAAAGAGAAAACAGUGGAAGAUGAGUCUACAAAGACAACAGAUCCAAAAGCACAAAUUGCACCUGAUUUUGUUCAAAUUGAGGAUGAAACUUAUCUUCUAGAUCAAGAUGAUGAUAAAGUUUCCACAAAACUUAGUGAGGAGACAGCUCCAUCAUCACAAAAAAGUGAUCAGUCAACCAAAAUGAAAACAAGAUACAAAAUGGUUGCAAGGAAAAACAAAAACAAAAGCCUUGUUGUUGUGCCAAGUGGUAGAAUUACAAGGAGCCAAGAUGUUCUGUUAGAUGAAUCUGAAAAGGGAAGCCUGAAGAAGGAUGUUGAACCUGCUAAAGAAACCGCAAAAAUAGGACAGAAGAGAAGAAUGUCUACAAGGACUUUUCCUAUUCAAAAGGAAGCUGAUGCACCACCUCCAGCACCUACUCCAAUAAACAAAAUGGCAGGUGCUCCUACUGAAUAUCCUCCAGACCAAGGCAAAAAGGGUGGGAAAAAGAAAACUCUAGAAGAAGUGAAGAAAACUUCUAAGGUUGCUGGCAAAAGAAAAGCAGGUAUAUAAUGAUAUAUUAUAAAUGUUCAAUUUCUAUAUAUAGAAUGAUCAUUUGAGAAAACAAUUUUGUUCAUUUUAUCA